UUUAAUAAUAUUCAGAUUAGUAGCUAUUGUAGCUCCAUUCUUCCUUGCAAGGACCUGGUAGUUACUGACAAUAUUUGUCCAUUCUCAACAUGAGACUCAAAUCUAAGAAGACUCUCUUAAUUAUUUUGAUCGCAUAUUGGAGUGGAAAAGAUGUGCGUGGCAGUGACCCUGAUUGUAAAUUUGCAACAUCUCUUGAUAGUGAUCCUGAUUGUGAAUCUGCGAUGUCUCUUGACAGUGACCCUGGUUAUGAAUCUACAACAUUUCAUGACAGUGACGCCGAGGAUUCAAGAUGGAGGUCUGAACUUGGCGAAGAAUUUAUGAUUGAUGAACUUCUUGAUGUUCAUACCAUCAAGUCUUUGGCUGAUAAAGCAAUAAAAGAUGAGUCAGUUGUUCAGCAUUUAGAAGCACUUCUUGAAACCCUUUACGAUAAUUCACAACAUACCUUAAGUAAUCGUGCAGUGGAACAUUUUGACAAAGUGAAAAGUAUUUGGGGAAACCGUGACCUCAUUAGAAUCCUUCUGAA